AUGUUGCAGCAGCUUGGACGCAGCAAACUCUAUCUGCUCACCCGCGGCAUCCUCUUGGCAGCGCGGCUUUGGAAGCCCCUGUUUCUGCUUCUGUUCGCCGUCAUCGUCCUGUCAAGAGGCAUCCCUCCGCACAGCCGUGCCUGUUCCUGGCAAAGCAUCCUUUCUGCUGGCGGAAGGUUCGACUGCACACCUGCCGAAUCGAGCCAGUCCGGCACAGUCGAGCCAUUCGCUUCAAAAGCCUCUCGCUUGACCUCGCCCUUCCAUCUCUUUCAACGCUUCGACCCCUUUUCAUAUCUCUCGCUUCCGUAUCAGUGCUGUGCACGAUACCAUCUGCCCAUAUACCGACCCUCCUACACUCUUUUUUUCAUCGUCACUGCUUCCUCUCCGAACGCUACAUUCUUUUUCACAAACGAGCACAAACACCAAAAGUUCAAACCAAGGAUGGCUUCGCCAUACAGUCCCAGACUCCAAGGUGGUGGUGGAGGUUAUGCCCGCGUUGCAUCAGCCAACAUGGACGACCGCAGCCCGGCGUACCCGCAGCAACCGCAGUACUAUCAACACCAGCAGUACGGUCAGCAGUACCAGCAGCAGCAGCCAUACGCUCAGGAGCCCGACUACGAUGCUCCCACACCAGCGCUUGCUGCCGACAGCUACUCACCCGAGUACAGCAUGGAAGACAUGCGCAAACCCACCACACCAGGCUCGCACCGCUUUUCGAUUGCGUCGUACCCUCGCGACUUUGCCGACCCUGACGCAGGCUGGACCGAAAAGCGUCAAUCGGGCACUCAGUUCGAUCAGUUCACUCCUGCGCCUCCCGUUCGCAGCCGCAAGAAGAUGAUGCUGUACAUCGGCGGUGCUGUCCUGGCUCUCGUUCUCAUCAUCGCCACCGUUGCAGGCAUCGUCGUCGCUAGGCAUAGGGACGACAGCAACAGAUCCUCCAGCUCCAGCAACGCAAGCACCAACUCGCAAGCCUUGUCUGGCGAUCCUUCCAAGUUCAAGAAGAACUCGGCGCUUCACAACAGCUUCUGGGGGAUGUGCUACACUCCCUUCAAGUCGCAGUACCAGUACGGCUGCGGUGUCGACCUCGCUUCCGUCGUCGAGGAUGUUCAGACCCUGUCCCAGCUCACCACCAGGGUGCGUCUCUACGGCGCAGACUGCAACGUCACCGCCCUCAUGCUCGAUGCCAUCCAACGCACCAAGGUCAAUCUCACCAUCUACCCUGCCAUCUACCUCGACUCCUCCGACCCCGGCGACGUCGCCUGGACCCGUCAAGUGAACAACAUCACUUUCGCACUUGACAACUUCGGCACCAACCACAUCGGUGGCAUUUCCGUCGGCAACGAGUACCUCUUGAACGGUGGUUCGGCAACCAACCUCCUCGCGUAUGUGCAGCAGUUCCGUACGCUCGCUACGAGCAAGAGCUGGACUUUUCCUAUAGGAACAGCUGAUGCAGGUAGCAUGUUCACCGCCACCGUCGCUGCCGGUGUCGACUACUUUAUGGCCAACGUACACGCCUGGUUCGCCGGCACCUUGGUCUCCGACGGCCCCGCCUGGACCUACCAGUACUUUGAAGACAAUGACGCCAACAUCGCCGCCGCUGCUCCCAACACCCCUGCCGCCUACAUCGCAGAAACAGGCUGGCCCUCCGGCGCCAACUCCACCGCCGCUGCCACCUACGUCAACGAACAAGGUCAAGUCACAGGUGCAAAAGCAGGCGUCCCCGAGCUACAGACUUUCCUGGACGGGUAUGUGUGUGACGCAAACAAGAAUGGAACGGGCUACUUUUGGUUCGAACUGUACGAUGAGCAGUGGAAGGAUGCUCUGUAUGGCGGUGUGGAGGCUCAUUGGGGUCUGUUUGAUCAGAACAAGAAGUUGAAGCAGAUUACCAUCCCGAAUUGCAGUCAUAACUAG